AUGUUGGUGCACUUAUUUCGGGUCGGAAUUCGGGGAGGCACUGUCCUAGGCAGGCCUCUAACCCCCCUCCGCUGCCAGACAUUCUCGUCCAUCAGGCACUCUGAUGGCCGCCGCGGCUCCUAUCUCCUCAGGGCUGUGGCCCAGCUGCGGUCCCAGCUCCGAGCUCGCCUCCCUCAAGUGCCACCAGGUCCGGGCCGCAGCCCCUCUUCCUGGUGCUGGGUUGGGGGAGUCCUCCUGGGCCCUGUGGUGCUGAGUAAGUGCCCCCGCCUCUGCCUGGUGGCACUGUGUGAGGCAGAAGAGGCCCCUCCUGCCUACUCCAGACCCCAUGGCACGGAGACCCGCUUUAACUGGAAGCUCUUCUGGCAGUUUCUGCGCCCCCACCUGCUGGUCCUAGGAGCAGCCAUCGUGCUGGCUCUGGGUGCGGCCCUGGUGAACGUGCAGAUCCCCCUGCUCCUGGGCCAGCUGGUGGAGAUAGUGGCCAAGUACACAAGGGACCACAUGGGCAACUUCCUGAAAGAGUCCCGGAACCUCGGCACCUACCUGCUCCUCCUCUACGGCUUCCAGGGAUUGCUAACCUUUGGGUACCUGGUGCUCCUGUCCCGCAUCGGAGAGCGCAUGGCUGUGGACAUGCGGAGGGCCCUCUUCAGCAACCUGCUCCGACAAGACAUUGCCUUCUUUGAUGCUAAAAAGACAGGGCAGCUCGUGAGCCGAUUAACCACUGACGUGCAGGAGUUUAAAUCAUCCUUCAAACUUGUCAUCUCCCAGGGACUUCGAAGCUGCACCCAGGUGGUUGGCUGCCUGGUGUCCCUGUCCAUGCUUUCCACACGCCUCACGCUACUGAUGACGGUGGCCAUGCCCUCCCUGAUGGCAGUUGGCACCUUGAUGGGCUCGGCUCUCCGAAAAUUGUCUCGCCAGUGUCAGGAGCAGGUAGCCAAGGCAACAGGUGUAGCAGAUGAGGCCCUGGGUAACGUUCGGACUGUGAGAGCCUUCGCCAUGGAGCAGCGGGAAGAGGAACGCUACGGAGCAGAGCUGGAGGCGUCCCGCCAUAAGGCAGAGGCACUGGGCAGAGGCAUCGCCCUGUUCCAGGGGCUCUCCAACAUCGCCUUCAACUGCAUGGUCUUGGGCACCCUAUUUGUUGGGGGUUCCCUCGUAGCUGGACAGCAGCUGACCGGGGGAGACCUCAUGUCCUUCCUGGUGGCCUCCCAGACAGUGCAGAGGUCCAUGGCCAACCUCUCCGUCCUGUUUGGUCAGGUGGUGCGGGGGCUCAGCGCGGGCGCCCGGGUGUUUGAGUACAUGACUCUGAGCCCGUGCAUCCCGCUGUCCGGAGGCUACAGUGUCCCCAGAGAGCAGCUGUGUGGGUCCAUCACGUUUCACAACGUCAGCUUCAGUUACCCCUGCCGCCCCGGCUUCCCGGUGCUCAAAGACUUCACCCUCACGCUGCCCCCCGGCAGGAUUGUGGCCCUUGUGGGCCAGUCCGGUGGAGGAAAGACCACCGUGGCCUCCCUGCUUGAGCGCUUCUACGACCCCACGGCAGGCAGGGUCACCCUGGACGGGCGGGACCUGCGGACCCUUGACCCCUCGUGGCUGCGGAGCCAGGUCAUCGGCUUCAUCAGCCAGGAGCCAGUCCUGUUCGGGACAACCAUCAUGGAGAACAUCCGCUUUGGGAAGCUGGGCGCCUCUGAUGAGGAGGUCUACGCAGCUGCCCGGGAGGCCAACGCGCACGAGUUCAUCACCAGCUUCCCCGAGGGCUACAACACCGUCGUCGGUGAACGGGGCACAACCCUGUCCGGUGGCCAGAAGCAGCGCCUGGCCAUCGCCCGCGCCCUCAUCAAGCAGCCAGCAGUGCUGAUCCUGGACGAGGCGACGAGCGCCCUGGAUGCAGAGUCCGAGCGGGUUGUGCAGGAGGCCCUGGACCGAGCCAGCGCCGGUCGCACCGUGCUGGUCAUCGCCCACCGGCUCAGCACCGUACGCGGGGCCCACCACAUCGUCGUCAUGGCCCAGGGCUGCGUCUGUGAGGAGGGGACCCAUGAGGAGCUCCUGAAGAAAGGUGGACUCUAUGCUGAACUCAUCAGGAGACAGGCCCUGGGUACCUCACCUCCUGAGGCACCCAGAGAUCCCAGUAACUACCAUCCAAAGUCCUGA